AUGAAGAUCCAGCACGGUGCCCUCCUCCUACCCCUGAUCGCUUCUUCCGCUGUGGCCCUGCCUUCUAGACGGCACAGGCCUCUGUUUAGGAAGGUCUAUGGCAAGAGGCAAGAUGCGGUGGACACGGGGGUGAACGCAACCGAGAGCGCGAGUGGCUCGAGCUCGUCGACGGUGACCGAGAGUGCAACCGUGACUUCAUAUGUCACGGCGUCUGCUAGCGGCUCGGGGUCGAGCAACGCUUCCUCGUCCUAUACCGAGUCGUCAUCAUACUCGGCCGCCUACCCGUCAGCUUCUUCCAACUCUACCGACCCGGAUUACUCCUUAUCCAACUCUACCUCCUCAUACACCUCUUCCAACUCUACCGACUACUCCAACUCGACCCAAACCCUCAACUCGACCCUUCCUUCCUCCAACUCGACCAACAACAACUCGGGGUACGACACUCAGCUGUCCAGCCCCAACAACAUCUCUUCCGAGGCCAUCUCGGCUCUUCUGAACAACACUGGUUCUUAUGCGACGUAUACUUACUCGGUGUACUCGCCCGAGACGGUGACCCAGACGUCGACAGAGACGGAAGUUGUGACGGCUACGAGCACGGACAGUGGGAGCGCUAGUGCGAGUGCGACGGCGGCGAGCUACGCGGAUGAUGGGAGUGAUGAUGAUGGAGAUGAGGACGAUGGAAAUGACGAUGACGGAGAUGAUGGGGACGAUGGAGAGACGAGCAAUGAGACGGAUGCGGAGAGUUAUUGGGAUCAGAUUGAGGCUGCGGCGGAGAGCUAUGCGGAUGCCUACUCGGGUACUGCUAUGCCUACAAAGACGUUGGAUGUGGUUCUUGAGCCUACUCAAGAGGCCGAUGGUUCAUGGGAAUACAUCAUUCGCAUUGGUACCGACGGUACAGCCACCGCCUUCCCCACUUGGUCUGCUAGUGCUACCGCUAGCAGCUCGGCCUCUUCCGGAUCGAGCUCUGGCAGCUCUUCGGACGCCGACAGCCAAUACGCUUCUGCGCCUAUUACCACCUCUGCCGAUAUCACUGGUGCGACAGCUACCACUUCGAGCUACUCCAACCCAUACCUGCAGAGCGCCACGAGCGUGUACGUUCCUGCUGCGGCCGCCACCGCCACUUCUUCAUCAACAGAUUCUAGCUCUUCGAGCGACUAUUCCAGCGAUGAGGAUUCCAGUGAUGAAGACUCGUCCUCUUCCAGCGCCGGUGUGUCUUCUUCGUCUGAUGACGAAGACACGACCUCCUCGAGCGCGGAUGAAUCAGCCAAUAACUCGGCAGACGACUCUUCUCCUUCGGCAACUUCUUCUACCCCUUCGGCGGCUUCAGCUACUGCUAGCUCCAGCCCUUACAUGGUACCCGGCCACAGCUCUUCUUCUUACGGCGACUCUUCCAGCUCUGACGACACUUCGUCUUCGGCUAGCGCCUCUUCAUCUUCGAGUGCUUCGGCGGCGUCGGCGAGUGCCACUACGGACCCCAACGCUGUUCCCGGCCAUUCUUCUUCCUCCUACCACGAUUCUUCUUCCGAUGACUCUGAGGACCAGUCUUCCGACGACUCUGAGGACAGCAGUGAUGAUACGAGUGUGAGCGCGAGCUCCGAGGGAACUCCUUCUUCUACUGCUUCUUACGAGUCUGAAUCUACUGCCUCUGCUUCAUCGGCUCCCUUCCCUCCUUGGUACGGCGGCUCUUCCUCAGACGAUGAGGGAUCCUCCUGGUCCAACGAGACGGUCACCAACUCUUCUACCCCUUGGGCGAACGAGACUACCCCAUAUGACAAUUCUACCUACCCUGGUUCCGACUAUACUACACCGUUGAACGGCACAAACACGACCGUUCCUUUGAACGAAUCUAUUCCCAUCAACUCUACCUACGGCAACUCUUCGGUCAACAGUUCGGUACCUUCCCUUGAGGGAGGGAACGGUACCUCCUCUUCUCUCGAUUCUUGGAUCGCUACCGCGACCGAGAGCGGAGAUGGGCUUGUAACUGUGGCACCUACAGAGACGGCUACUGUCGCUGCUACCUUGACUUUGGCGAACGGUACAGUGGUUCAGCCGACUGCUUCGAGCAACGAGAGUGUGAGCGCGAGCGAGGAGGAGGCUAGUGCGACUGAAAGUGGAUCUGUGGCAGGGUCCAUGACGGUCUCCCAGCCUUCUUCUGGUGCGAGCGCGACGGAGUCCGAGGCAUCGUCUAGCGAGUCUGCGAUUGAGGGUAUCGCUUCUCCAUCUGCCUUCUCCUCCUCCGUCGACCCCACCAUCACUGCUUCUUCCACCCAGGCUUCCAACACCACUCUCUCCCCUACCUCUUCCGACUCUGUCUCUGUGGCCGAGAACGAAGAUGGUAUCGAGACCGACUAUGUGACGGCUUGGACCACCAUCGACUACACCCAAACCUUGUCGGCUUCCUCGUCUGUCAUCCCCACUGCGAGCGCGAGUGGUGUGGCGAAUGUGAGCGACAGUGAGAGUACUGCUUCUGUUUCCUCCUCCUCUGAGGUUUCAGACAGCGAGGGAAGUACUCCCACCGCUUCCGUCACCAACGCCACUGCGUCUGCUUCUUCUGCCGAAGCCAGCGCUACCGCGAGCUUUGCUGAGGGCUUUGCCGUCGGUCUUGGCGACGCCUCUUCAUUCGAAACGGAAUCCCAGUCCGCGACCGAGUCUGCGUCUUCCGCUUCUAGCGUAGAGACCCAGUCCGCGUCAACAGCCUACAACGAAACCAUCCCUACUUCUUACUCGUCAUACUCUGCCUCUGAGGGAACCGGUUCCAUCUCUGCUUCUUCCGCCAGCGUGACCGAGUCUGCUUCCUCAUCUGAGGCGAGCGUGACGGCGUCUGCUACGGAGAGUGCGAGCGAAUUGGAAGAGACGGCGUGUGCGAGCGAGAGUGCGGGGCUGGAGGAGAGGGCUGUGGAUGAUGAUGAGGAGUAUGAGGAGGUCUGGGUCAACGAGGAUGAGAUUGAGGAAGGAUGGGAGAUUUUGAUCUAG